AACACUUUGCAUUUUAUUCACUCACCAAAACAUAUCGAGAGAAACAAAGAGAGAAAAAGAAAACACAGAAGAAAGCACAAGGCAAGUAGAGAGAGAGAGAAGAUUAAAUUGGGAUCGAUUUCGAGUUUUCCACGUAUAGUUAACAUAAUGAGCAGCGUUAUGGGUUCGAAUCGUGACGAGUAUAGCACGAUUAAUUUCGAAGACACCGAGUUACGUUUAGGGUUGCCCGGAGGCGUUGAAAACGACAACGAGACGGCCAAAAAUAAUGGGAAAAGAGGGUACUCGGACAUGGUUGAUUUGAAGCUUAACCUUUCAACAACAACAAAGGAAGAAUCGGUGGAUGAAGCUGAGAAGAUGGAGAAGAAGAACACUGCAAAACCGCCUGUAAAGACACAAGUGGUCGGAUGGCCACCGGUCCGGUCCUUCCGGAAAAACAUCCUGACGGUUCAGAAGAACAACGCCGACCAGGACGAGAAAGCCGGGAGCGGAAGCAGCGGCACCAUGACCGCCAACGCGGCACCACCGGCCGCGUUCAUUAAGGUCUGUAUGGAUGGUGCACCAUAUCUACGCAAGGUAGACUUGAAAUUAUACAAGAGUUACCAAGAACUAUCUGAUGCCUUGGGCAAAAUGUUCAGCUCCUUCACCAUUGGUAACUGUGGUGGCUCGCAAGGAAAGAAAGAUUUCAUGAACGAAAGUAAAUUAAUAGAUCUUUUAAAUGGUUCUGAAUAUGUUCCUACUUAUGAAGAUAAAGAUGGAGAUUGGAUGCUUGUUGGUGAUGUCCCAUGGGAGAUGUUUGUCGAUUCAUGCAAACGUUUACGAAUCAUGAAAGGAUCUGAGGCAAUUUAACUUGCACCAAGAGCAGUGGAGAAGUGCAAGAACAGAAGUUGAUGAUGGUAGUUUUAUGACACAACAAUAUCAACCGAGAACCAAGUAAAACACAACAUCAAACCGGUUAGAGAAGGAUGGAGCAGGGAGUUUGAAUGUGUUCAUCAUCGGCAUGAAAAAAGAAGAAGAAACUAUUAAGAGACGAGAAAUCAAAAUGUCUAUAAGACUGUUUUAAUUUCUUCUGUCCAUGCAUGGCUUGUGUAAUAAUUAAUAACCUAAAACUAUUAUUAAUGUUUUAAGUUAGUUGUCAUGAGCUUUCUUUUUUUAAUCCACUCCUUAUUUUGUAAUAUUUUUUGCAUGUGAUUUCUUUUCUUUAAUGUAAUAUUAUAUGAAAAGAUUCUUGCAAUACGCA